AUGAUGUUGGGAGUCACGUUGAUCUUGUUACUUGUCACUUCGCUAUUGAACUUGACCGAGGCCGGACACGGAGGAAAGCAUCAACAUGUGGUGAUCCAUGUACCGUAUAAAAUCAAACAUAUUUACCAUACCCACACGAUAACUAAGCAUAUACAUCACGGAGGUGGAGGAGGUGACAAAUAUGAAGUUUUGGGCUACACGGUCGGUCAUCCGAUCGAUUUAGGAGGUCAUGGAGGUCACGGAGGUGGUGGAGGUGGUGGACACGAUUUCGGUGGUGGCGAUUAUGGAGGUGGUCACAUUGAAGUUGGAGGCGGUGGAUACGGUGGAGGAGGUGGAGGAGGACAUGGUGGAUGGGAAGAAAGCGGAGGUGGCUACGAUCUAGGUGGUGGAGGCGGUGGUUAUGGUGGUGGUGGUGGUGACUGGGGUGGUCACUGAACAAAAUCUUCACAAAUUUUUCGAGCAAAAUCCUAAAUUAUGACGGUCAACAACGAAAGUGAUUAUCCUCCUCCCUCGCACUUAUCCGUCCAUCUUUUUUUACCUCUCACGUGUCCUAGUCUCUAUCCAUAUUUACUUAUCUCAUUACCAUCUA